AUCAGCUGGUGAGUUGAGGUUAUGUUAAUGUAAACAACAUUUACACAGCAUUUUUAGACCUAAUUAUUUCACAGUCUCACAAUAGUUUUUAUACUUCUUUUAGUUUAAAAUUUCUGUCAUGCAGUAAAUGUAUUUCAAGUGAUUAGUAGAUUGAGUUCUCUAUUACCAUUGAAUAAAGUAUAAUGAUGUAAUAUUAUUGUUUUGUUAUUUCUGUUUCUGUAAUUCUUUUAUAUUGAGGAGACUAGUCAUUUAUUGGUUCAAUCUGUAUUAUUGUGAUCACUAUGAAAGUGUAAGAUGAUUGAACAAAUCUUCAAUUUGGACUUCUUGCUGGUUCGAGAUUGCUUCCUACACUUACCAUAUUCUUGGCUAAGAAAAUUGAACUGUGAAAACAAAAAUCCUCCUACGGUAAAGCUGACUCAAGAUGACAGAAUAUUCCAUUUGACUUGUAGUCCACAUUCCAACAGCGGGUUGAAUGAGAAUAGCAUAGGAGUGAGUGGUAUAUAUGCCAAUAAUCUUGGUUUGAAAGAAGGUUAUGUAUGUGUUUCUUCCGUCGGUGAGCCUCCACCAAUCAGAGUCGUUCAUGCUUGUGCAAUGACGGACGAUGACUACGAAAUGAUUGAGAUGAGUCAAACUGAGUUGGAACUAGCAAUUUUAAACCAAAUCCAAGUUGUGUCGAUUGGGCAACCCAUCACUGUUUGGCUGUCGAAGUCCUUGCACUGCAAUCUUGUUAUUGAUAAAUUAGACCCACCGAUAUAUUUUGGAAAGUUGAUGAAUCUCACUGAAAUUGUCAUUGAACCCACAGUCUCCAGUCGGAAAUCUGACGAUUUUCUUGAGAGGAAGAUUGAUGCAAUGAAAAACGAUGAUAAUAAAGAAAGCUCUAACAGUACUGAUAUGGACAGUCUGCAUUUCAAUUCGUCUAUCGAUACUGAAACAAAAAAUAAUAAACAUUCUGGUGUUUUUAGGGUGGUGGUAGUUGAAGAAAAUAGUGAACAGUGUUGUGAUGACCUACAUAAUCCUCUCAAGAACCCCUACAAUGUGUUUGUUAGUAAAGAUAUCGCAACUUGGUGGCGAAGGAAACCAGUUAUUGAAAGAUAUGCUAGCGUUUGCAGUUUGAGGAAAAUUCCCAAAGCAUCUGCUAAAACAUUGACAGAGACACCAAAUAUCUACGUAAGAUUGUAUGCUAUUGAUGAGUCGUGUCACCAAUUGCCCACCGUGAAAAACGGGAGUAACUGGAGACACCAACCACUCUUCAUUUCACCAACUGUGAAAGAUCUAUUGAAGCUCAGUAAUGGGGCUAAGAUCAAGCUAGACCUCUUUUCUCCGUGUUUGGAUGAAACCUUGAGUAAAGUUGAAUUGAUCGCACCUUUGGGACUGGAUCACGAGGAAGUUGAAACCUGGUUCCGGAGUAAGCUUCUAGCCACUGGAAAUGUACUGGUCAAUAAUGAAGCACCUUUGCCAAUGUUGACAACAGAUAAAGUGGAAAACAUAAACGUUGUUUUGGAUCCUGCUUCUCUCACCUGUUGGCCGUUUUCUGCAGCUGAAGUGCAAACGUGUACUUUGACGAUAAAGGAUGCUCAGAUUCCAGAAGACUCAGAUAAGUCAAAAAUUACUGAAGAUCAAACUCCUGAAGAAUCAAAAUCCAACGAGAACCAUACCAGUAACUUAGAAACUAUCAAUCCACAAAACUGUAGAGCGUUGAAGAAAAUCAUCAAGGAUGGAAUAUGUGCAGUUGAAUUAGCCCUCAAUUUGAUUGAUGCGCCUUGGAUGAGGAAUACUUCUCAUAUGAAGGGGAGUAAAAACAUACUCAUCACUGGUUCUGGGAAUAAAUCUUCUGCAGAUUCACUCUGUGACAUUCUUUCUGGCCGACCUCAUUAUGUUUACAUCUCAAAAAUCGACUGCAAAUCUCUUCGAGGGAAGAAAGUUGAUACUAUUGAGAAAACGUUGAAACAGACACUAGGUGAUAGCAUAUAUCAUCAGCCCGCGGUGUUGCUCCUGUACGAUAUUGAUGCACUAGUUGGAAAUCCAAUCCAUACCAAUGAAGAGUCAGCUGAGAACAAUCCUUGGGCACAGACUAUCCAUCAAACUUGCCUGAUGUUGAAAGACAUCAUAUCAGAUAUCGAAGCAUUUCAGAGUGUAUCACUACUCGCUACAGCACAAAGCAUCAAGAGUGUUUCAAAAGAUCUUAUACGAUCAAAAAGUCAUGGAUUUUUCUCAACAGUUUUGGAAAUUCCUCCCCUCUCACAGGAAGACCGAAUUGAUAUUUUGAAAGAAAUGUUAAGACAAAAAUUGAAAAUAGGUGUGAACGCGUUCGAGAAUAUCAAUUUAGACGCCUUUGCAGAGAAGACUGAUAAUUAUGUAUUCGAAGAUCUACAGCAGAUUGUCAAUAAAGUUUGCUUCAAAGCUUGGAUACGGAAAUCUGAAGGAAGUGGAGAGUCUGAAUUGACUGUAACCAGUGAUGACAUUAGUUUUGCCAUUGAUUCUGUAUCGCCCAGUCAUCUGAAAACGAUCAAACUCUUCAAGAACUCCAAACAUAAUUGGAACAGUAUUGGUGGCAUGAAAAAGCUCAAAGAUACGCUUACUGAGCUCAUAAUUUGGCCAGCUAAGUACCGCAAAAUAUACGAGCAGUGCCCAUUGAAAAGUGAGAAUGGUGUGUUGCUGUAUGGUCUGCCUGGAUCUGGUAAAACACUCAUCGCAAGUGCACUUGCGGGAGAAUGUAAUCUGAAUUUCAUUAGUGUGAAGGGUCCUGAACUGUUAUCAAAAUACAUUGGAGCUAGUGAAGAGAAUGUGCGAAACAUUUUUGAAAGAGCUCAAAAAGCGAAGCCCUGCAUCCUAUUCUUCGAUGAAUUUGACAGUCUUGUUCCAAGACGCGGGCACGACAACACAGGCGUAACCGACCGGGUGGUGAAUCAGAUGCUGACUCAGCUGGAUGGUGUGGAGGAGCGGCGUGGGGUGUGGGUGAUGGCCGCCACCAGUCGACCUGACCUCAUUGACCCGGCACUUCUGCGACCUGGACGCAUCGGGCACAACCUCCAUUGCCGUCUGCCCACACAGGAAGAACGAUUUGAAAUCCUUCAAGUCAUUGGAAAGGAUUUACCGUUGUCAUCAGCCUGUGACUUUCGAGACGUUUCAGAUAAAACUGAGAAUUUUACCGGUGCUGAUCUAAAAUCGCUUCUCUACUCAGCUCAUAUGAUAGCUUAUGAAGAAAUGGAGGAUUCUGAAAACAACGAGGUUGGAUCGAGUGGUGAACCGUCUGGAGCUGGAUACGAAUUGAAGCAGAGUGUUGUCGGAAAGUUGAGCAUUGAGCAUCGGCACUUAUUGUCUGCUCUGAAAGAUGCCAAACCGUCGCUGAAAGAGUCAGAACUUCAGAGAUAUAAUAGAAUUUACGACAGCUUUAAAAUGUCAAGAUCGAAAACAGGUGCCCCGAUUCAAGAAAGAGCUCCAGAACUUCUGCAGCAAACAGUUACUCUUGCCUAGAAUGACAGCAGGUUCUCACAGAUAUUUGUUCCGGUAUUCAUAAAAAAUAUUGUUUAUUAGUGUCUUCCAUAUUUUACGGUUUGUUUGAAUGGUGAUGUGUUUUUUAUACGGUGAUAUGAUUCAAAUAAAUACAUCUUAAUAAAAACUUGUCAAAAGAUCUCAAAAUUA